AUGGAAUAACAAAGUCUAACUAAUAUUUAUUAUUAUAUUCCUUAAGAUUCGGAUGAUUCAGAAUGUCCCAAUGUUUUUAUUGUUCCUUUAAAAUUAGAAGAAGUUCCCUAAAAAGUUGAUGAAGAAGAAGAUUUUUUUGGAAGCUUUAAUGAUAAUUAAGAUUAAUAAUAAAAUGCUAAUUAUGUGCUAUUUGAAACAAUACUUGGAUUAAUUUCUAAAUAAUUAAUCUAAAACAAUAAAGAAAUAGAGAAUUCUAUUUUUAAUUGUUUUUUAGACUUAAAUAAUUCAAAUUCUUAUAUAGAUAAGAAAAUUAAAAGUAAUCUUUUUUAGGACUCACAUCACGAAAGUAUUUAUGAUUCUUUUUUUGAAUUUUUACAACCUUAAAAUGAAAAAAAUUGUUUUAAAUUUUUAAUUUUUUUUACAGUAAUAAUUUUUUAAAUAAAAAAAAUAAUUAUUUUUAAAAAUAUAUAAAAGAAAUUUUCAAAAACACUCUUUAAACUUUAAAAGCAAACUUCUUUUAUACUAAAUUUUUUAAAAAAAUUAAUAGAAAAGCAAGCAUUUUCUUAAAAUUCUUUAGACAUUUUAUAUAUAAUAUUCUUAACUAAAUUAAACUAUCUUUUUUUUUCAAAUUAACAAUAGGAAG